AUAUGAUUGGAUAUAUCCUUAAUGUUCCUACUUGAUGAGUUUGUUACAUCAAUUAUAACGUCAGUGUCUACCAUGGAGGGGUUAUCUGUCGUGUCCACGGGGCUGUGUUGGAGCCUCUCGGCCACAGGGAGCACUGUUCCCGGUCUCCCCGGAGACCACCGACGCGCUUAGCCCCCGGAGCUCCUCCGCGGAUCAGGAGUGAGGAGGGCACGGCGGCACGGCGCGGCACUUCAGCCGCUGGACGACGAUGAGGCUGCUGGUGCUGGCGGUGAAGGUGGAGGUGUUAUCGACCGGGAAUGGAGUCGAGCAAGGCGGACUAACCGUGCACCAUGAAUGACAGGUACCACAAGGCGGCCCGGGACGGCUACCUGGACCUGCUGAAGGAGGCGACGCGGAAGGACCUGAACGCGCCGGAUGAGGAUGGCAUGACACCGACGUUAUGGGCUGCGUACCACGGCAACCUGGAGGCUCUGCGGCUCAUCGUGGCGAGGGGAGGAAACCCUGACAAGUGUGACAUAUGGGGGAACACGCCGCUCCACCUGGCAGCUGCCAACGGUCACCACAACUGCCUUUUCUUCCUGGUGUCUUUUGGUGCCAACAUAUGGUGUCUGGACAACGACUACCACACCCCGUUGGACAUGGCCGCCACAAAAAAUCACAUGGAUUGCGUCCGCUACCUGGAUUCCGUGGCUACCAAGCAGACGGGCCUCAACGCCAAGCUGGUCAACAAGCUGAAGGACCGGGCGUUUCGUGAUGCCGAGCGGCGGAUCAAAGAGUGCGUGAAGAUGCAGAAGAAGCACCACAAACGCAUGGAGCGGAAGUUUCACAAAGACGCUUCGGAGGCAUCGGCGUCGGACGUCAUGAGCUUUUCCAGCUACACCAGCAGCUCCAUUAGCCACAAGCUGCGAAGCUUAAAUGCAGCCACCGUCAGUGUGCCAUAUUCCCAGGCUACUCUCCAUGCCACAAACCGAGGGAAGACAAAGAUUCAGAGGAAGCUGGAGAAAAGGAAACAAGGAGAUGGGACCUUUAAGAUCUAUGAGGAUGGCAGGAAGAGUGUGCGCUCCCUCUCUGGACUUCAGCUGGGCAAUGAUGUCAUGUUCGUCAAACAGGGGACUUACGUCAACCCAAAGGACCGUGGCCGCCGAAACAUCCGUGACAUGUUCACCAGAGACAAUUACGAUGCCAUUUCACGUGCCAUGAGUGAACCGGACCUCCAUGGGCCCGAUGUGGACUUCUCUGAGAUCAGCACUGACUCAGGACAUGAUUCCCUGUUCAACCGGCCCGGUCUGGGCACCAUGGUCUUCAGGAGGAACUAUGUGAGUGGGGGAAUGUUUAACCUCGGUGGUCAGGAUGAGGCCAGUGGGGACCGGUCGGGCAAUAAUGUGCGUUUACGCAGUCGGCUGCAGCAAUACCCAAGUGGAGAUGAAGACAGCAUCGGCAGUGCACGCAGCCUGCAGGAGAGGAACGUGGAGGAGCUGCCCUGGGACGAAGUCGAACUAGGGCUGGAUGAUGACGAUGAGCCUGAGUCAAGCCCUCUGGAGGUCUUCCUCGCCACACAGAGCAUGAGCGAGUUUUUCUCGAUCUUCAAGAGGGAGAAGAUUGACCUUGAAGCCCUGUUGCUGUGCUCUGACCAUGACCUUAAAAGUAUCCACAUCCCCCUAGGACCAAGGAAAAAGAUCUUAGAUGCCUGUAAGACACGGCUGGAGACCAUAGAGGACCCGGACUGCAUGGAGGACACAGAACUAUAAUAAAAGAUGUUGUGGACGGCCCUCCUGCUGUGUGCUCAUCCAGCCUUAAAGGUCAGUGAUGCAUUGCGGAGUGAAUAUGGACACGGAGGACUUAAUGAUUUUCCUGUCAUCGUACCUCGAUGGUAACAAAGCAGAAAGGACAUUGUCAAGAUGAAUAUGUCAAGUGAAAAGAUACGAGUGUCAGAUGAAUUCAUAACAGGAUCCCUUUUUCGGUGUCUUGUUAGCCUCAGGAGGAUUGUUGAAACUAUGGUAUGGCAUGGUUUAACAAACCGAGAGACAGUUAUCAGAGUGCAGUCAGAUGCUGGGUCAUUGUAUGACAUGUGGCCGAGCUAAGAGAGAGCUGAUUGUGGGAUCUGUGUUCCCUGAACUUGUUUGCCCCUGUGGGGUAAAUCCAACCACCUCAUGUGCCUGCAUUGCUUGUGCCUGUGCAUUUGCUUAAAAGUGUCUUUUAUCAGAAACCUCUGGAGUUUACUAUUAACUCUGUCAAGUGUAGUCUGUUCAUCCAGAGUCACUCAACUGUUUCCUUACUCAUAUUUCAACUCUGUGCAUGUUUACAUACAGCAAGCCAUGUCAGUCCAAGUGGGGCUCACUGGCAAUGCAGGCCAAUUGUUCACUGAGAUUAAUAAUGUAGUGUUGAAAACUAUGUAAAACACAGUAUCUUUAGAUUAUUAUAUACGUGUAUAUAUAUACACAUACACACACACACACGAUAUAACAUGCUGUUGUUCUAAUUCCUGCCUGUUUUGUCCUUAUAAUAUGAGAUUUAUGAACCUUUUAUGGAUCAUAAAAAGGUAAUUAGUACAGUCUUCCAGCUGUUUGUAUCUUAAGUAGUUUUUUUAAUAUAAUGUACAUCUGCACAGGAGCUUACUUUGAUGUUUACCAUCCCACAUUUUAACAUUUUAGGUGGAGUUUAAAUAAAGAAUACUAAUGUUUUCA